AUGAAGAGAGAGAGAGAGAAGAAGAGUGUUACUGCAAAUAAGCAGCAGCAGAAGAAGAUUAAGAAGCAGAAGCUGGCAGAGAAGAAGAGAAUUGAGGCCUUGUUCAGGUCUCAAAUGCACUUCAUAAUUCAGAACAUUGAGAAGACAGCUCUGCUCUCUGAGCAUGUUAAUCUACUUACUGCUGAAAUGAAAUCUGAGACAGCAGAUCAGAAAAUACAGGAUUUUGAGAUACAGAUUAAUCUGACUGAGAAGAAGCAGUGA